UUUCCACAUCAAAGUGAAAUAUAGUAUUUCAUUUUUUCUUUCAAUCCAUGCCUAUUGGUGUUCCAAAAGUGCCUUUCCGAAGUCCUGGAGAGGAAGAUUCAUCUUGGGUUGACGUAUACAACCGACUUUAUCGAGAAAGAUUACUUUUUUUAGGCCAAGAGGUUGAUAGCGAGAUCUCGAAUCAACUUAUUGGUCUUAUGGUAUAUCUCAGUACAGAAGAUGAGACCAAAGAUCUUUAUUUGUUUAUAAACUCUCCUGGCGGAUGGGUAAUUCCCGGAGUAGCCAUUUAUGAUACUAUGCAAUUUGUACGACCAGAAGUCCAAACAGUAUGCAUGGGAUUAGCCGCUUCAAUGGGAUCUUUUAUUCUGGUCGGAGGAAAAAUUACCAAACGUCUAGCAUUCCCUCACGCUUGGGUAAUGAUCCAUCAACCUGAUAGUUCUUUUUAUGAAGCACAAACAGGAGAAUUUAUCCUGGAAGCGGAAGAACUACUGAAACUACGCGAAACCCUCACAAAGGUUUAUGUACAAAGGACGGGCAAACCUUUAUGGGUUGUAUCUGAAGACAUGGAAAGAGAUGUUUUUAUGUCAGCAACAGAAGCCCGAGCUUAUGGAAUUGUUGAUCUUGUAGCAGUUGAAUGA